AUGCUUCUACAACAGCUCUGGCUACAACCCUGCGGAUGGGAUGAAGCAAUUCCUGACGUCCUUCUAGCGAAGUGGGAUAACUACCGUAUUGACAUUCCGAGAAUUAAUUCCUACCGUGUCGACCGAUAUGCCUUUCUACCGAAAUCCGUAAUCCAGUUGCAUACUUUUGCAGACGCAUCCCAACAAGCCUACGGUGCAUGCGUUUAUGCUCGUUCAACCGACCCCCAAGGCAGGACGAAAGUGCAGCUGAUUGCAUCUAAGUCAAAAGUCGCUCCUCUAAAAAGAAUUACUAUUCCCCGAUUGGAGUUGUCCGCUGCUGUGCUUGCUGCAAGACUGCACAAGAAAGUUACUGAAGCACUUGACAUGACCAUCGCUAACUCGUAUUUCUGGUCAGAUUCCACGGUCACCCUCGAAUGGUUGCGUUCCCCUCCAUACACUUGGAGCACCUUCGUUGCGAACAGGGUAUCUGAAAUUCAGAUCACAACACAGGGAUCUCGUUGGCAUCACGUCGCAGGAAAACAAAACCCAGCAGACCUGAUCACUAGAGGGAUGAAAGUUGACGAUUUUCUCAACAGCAGUUUAUGGCAUCGGGGACCAUCAUGGCUAGGGAGACCUGAAACAGAAUGGAUAAUAUCAGAUGAUUCGAGAAAAACACCGGAGGAGAUGUUAGAACGGCGGACGAUGGUGGCGGCAAUUCAAAACAAACUCGGAACGAAUUCAAUUUUCGCAACGUCUUCUUCCUACAAUCGUUUGCUACGAGUGACAGCAUAUUGCCUUCGUUUCAUUGAUGCCUGUCGUCGCAAAACAGUAUCGUCAUCACAGCCCGAGUCGGUGUUUAUAACAAGAUCAAUCACGGUGGUAGAAUUGUCAGCAGCCCGAAUGCUAUUGAUCCGAUUAGCUCAAGCAGAUUGUUUUGCAGAGGAGAUAAGGUACUUGGGGAGGGGAGAGUCUGUUUCUAAACGUUCGAACUUGCGUCUUUUGAGCCCCUUCGUAGACGCAGAUGGAAUCCUACGAGUCGGAGGUAGAUUGCGUCUAUCAGAGCAACCUUACCUAACCAAACAUCCAGUCCUCCUUCCUAGUUCCCAUCCUCUAACACGGUCAAUUGUCAAGCACUAUCAUCUCAAGCUGUUCCAUGGUGGCGGCCGCGUAACCCUAGCGGCCAUCCGUCAAGAAUACUGGCCCGUACAAGGCCGGAGAAUAGUGAAUAGCGUUUUAAGAAACUGUUUCCGAUGUGCCCGUGCCUCUCCUGUCCCGGCCAAGCAGCAAACUGGACAGUUGCCUGGACAAAGAACAACACCAAGCCGUCCAUUUUCCGUAACCGGUGUUGACUACGCCGGCCCAAUUUAUAUAAAGCAAUCCAUAAGAGAGCAUCGCCAACCAAAGCUUACAUCAGCGUCUUCGUUUGUUUCGUGA